AUGGCGAACCAAAACUUUCUCCCCCUCUAUGAAAAGAACUGGUACAAGCACAAUUACAAAAGGGUAACAGAGAGCUUGCUUUUGAUCCUCCUCUUAUUGCUGCUAGGUUACCGAGUUAUCUCUGUCAAAAACUACUCUUUCCCUUGGUUUGUUGCCCUUUUAUGUGAGUCAUGGUUCACCAUCUCUUGGUUUUUCACUCUCACCACUCAGUGGAGUCCAACAGUAAUCAAAACCUACCCAGAUCGUCUCUUGCAAAGUGUGGAGGAGGUUCCAGCAGUGGAUAUGUUUGUGACAACAGCAGACCCUGUGCUUGAACCACCUAUUAUCACAGUGAACACUGUGUUGUCUCUGUUAGCACUUGAUUAUCCACCUCACAAGCUUGCUUGUUAUGUCUCUGACGAUGGUUGUUCACCCCUAACCUUCUACGCUCUUCAAGAAGCCUCCAAAUUUGCAAAGUUUUGGGUACCAUUCUGUAAGAAGUAUGAUGUGCAAGUUAGAGCUCCCUUCAGAUACUUUUCUGCCAAACCACAAGUCUCAACAGUCAACAACACAACAGAAUUCAAACAAGAAUGGUUACAUAUGAAAGAUAUGUAUGAUAAUCUUAACCAUAAAAUAGAAUUAGUCGAGCUCCAAAAGUCAAAUCCAUGUCAUGGAGAAUUUGACAUUUUCUCAAACACUGAGAGGACAAACCAUCCAACUAUAAUUCAGGUUAUAUGCGAGAACAAGGAAUGUCUUGCAGAUGGAUUGCCGCAUUUGAUAUACAUAUCUAGAGAGAAAAAGCCAAAACAGUCACAUCAUUUCAAAGCUGGUGCAAUGAAUGUGUUGACAAGAGUCUCUGGGUUGAUGACGAAUGCUCCAUUUAUCUUGAACGUGGACUGUGACAUGAUUGUAAACAAUCCAAAGGUUGUUCUGCAUGCCUUGUGCAUUUUGCUUGAUUCCAAAGGAGAAAAAGAAGUUGCAUUUGCUCAAUUUCCUCAACAGUUCUAUGCUACAUUGAAGGACGAUCCUUUCGGAAAUCAGAUGGCAAUUCUUAUUAAGUACUUGACUGCUGGAAUAGCUGGGUUACAAGGACCUUUCUACAGUGGAACAAACUGCUUCCAUAGAAGAAAAGUUAUUUAUGGCCUUUAUCCAGAUAGCAUGGAAAAGGGAAACAGUUUAUCAGAGAAUGAAUUAGAACAAAAGUUUGGAGAUUCAAAGGAGAUUAUGAAAACAUCUGCUCAUGCUUUGGAGGGAAAGACAUAUUUUCCCAAUCAUACUAAUAUUUCUAUAGCAAUUGACAUUGCUGCACAAGUUGCAAGUUGUGGAUAUGAACAAGGCACUGGCUGGGGCAAACAGGUGGGUUGGAUAUAUGGAUCAAUAACAGAAGAUAAACUCCUUGGACUGACCAUACAUGAAAAGGGUUGGAGAUCGGAAUUGUGUACACCAAACCCAAUUGCCUUCACGGGCUUUGCUCCAGGAGGUGGCCCAAUAGCAAUGGCCCAACAAAAGAGAUGGGCCAUAGGAUUGCUUGAGAUCUUCUUUAGCAAGCACUGUCCUAUUUUUGGCACCAUUUUCCAUAAACUUACUUUGAGGCAAUGCUUAGCAUAUAUGUGGAUUAUCAACUACUGGGGCUUAAAGCCACUCUUUGAACUAUGCUAUGCAUCUCUUCUUUCAUAUUGCAUCAUCACCAAUUCCAAUUUCUUACCCAUGGACCAAGGAAUAUGUAUUUCCAUUGCAUUUUUCAUAAUUUACAAGAUAUAUACUAUAUCAGAAUAUUUAUCAGCAGGACUGUCAUACAGAGCAUGGUGGAACAAUCAAAGGAUGUCGAGAAUAACACGCAUGAAUGCUGGUUUUUGUGCAUUUGUCUGCAUCCUACUGAAGUUGUUAAGAAUAUCUGACACAGUAUUUGACGUAACAAAGAAAGAUGUACCUCUUUCAGAUGAUGUUAGAGAUGAUAAGGAUGCUGGUAGGUUCACCUUUGAUGAGUCCCUAAUUUUCUUGCCAGGCACUACCAUGUUGUUGCUGCAAUUGACGAUGAUGUUUAUCAAGGUAUUGGGAUUGCAACCACUAAUGCCAACAACAACACAUGAUGGAAAUGGAUGUGGAAUUGGUGAGAUUUUUUGCAGUGUUUAUUUGAUUAUUUGUUAUUGGCCAUUUCUGAGGGGAUUAUUUGAGACAGGAAAAUAUAGGAUUCCCUUGUCUACAAUAUACAAAUCAAUUGUCUUAACAUGUCUCUUUGUACACCUUUCUAGAAAAACUGUUCCUGCUUGAUCAGGUUUAGAAACUAUGGAACAAACAAUAAACAUGAUGAAUAUGAGAAUAUAUUUUGUUCAUAA